AUGGAGUUUAAGCUAGAUGUUCUUAUUUCUACAUCUGUAAAGCAUAGAAAACCAUGGCCUCGCAUCUCAUGGAUCGGACAGGAGAAAGAGGCUGUUUUUCUUCUAGAUGAUAAACGUAUAAAUGAAAUUAACCUGGCAUCAGGGAAGACAAAGAAGAAAAUCCCUCGCCUGCAAUCGUUGCUGAAAAAUGUAGUUGUUUUAACUACAUCAAGAAAUGGUGCUUGGUUGGCAGGAAUACUUACAACAGGAUAUCUGUUUCUUUGGAAUAAAGAUCAGGACUGCUUGAAAAUUGUGCCAGCAAUUGAAGAGUCUAGGAAAGCAAUUGCAGCAGCACAAGAGUGUUUAAUGAGAUUGUACUUGUAUGUAUCCGGAGAUGGCAGAAAAGUACUACUAACUACUCCUACAGCAUGUGCCUUUUUAUGGGAAAGCACAGAACAUGAAAAUACAUCUUCUUGUAAAAAUUCUUCUCCUGGGCGUUGGACGCAGAUUUUGCCUGAUGAAUCAGUCCUGUUGCCUUCUACUGAAGAAAAAGAAAUUGGAGUGCAUGCUGCUUUCUUACAAAAUGAGAUUCUGGGUGAUUGCUGUUUGUGCUCUUUUGUGUUCUACUCUGCAGAACAUCUGGUACUCACAUUUUUGGUUAUUCGGUGGCAUGAAAAUAGUUUUAAAUAUGUUAGUUCUUUGCCAUACCAGGUCCAGUGGGUACAACAGACUUGUUCUCUUCUUAAUUUGGUUCCUCAGUGUAUGUCUGUCAAGUCAAGAGGAGCUUUGCUGUGUGCAUUUGCAAGAGAUGGACUUCUACUUGCAGUAGCUGUUAAUCAAACCGAUCCAAAG